AUGAGUAGCGAUAUGGACGCGGCGGAGCACUCGAUCGAGAUGCACCUGCCGUACGUGCGCCAUGUCUUCCGCGACGUGCACGUCAAGGUCGUGCCCGUUGUCGUCGGCAGCCUGAGUGAGGAGAAGGAGCGCAGUUUUGGGCGCCUGUUUUCAACCUGGCUGGGCGAUGGCGAGUCGUUCUUUGUCAUUUCGAGCGAUUUUUGUCACUGGGGUACCCGCUUCAGGUACACCACUGUGGAUAGGCGCAGCGAGUUCAUCUGGCAGGGCAUCCAGCGCCUGGAUCGGGACGGUAUGGACGCGAUUGAGAGCGGCAGCCAUUCGGCGUUUUGCAAUUACCAGACCCGCACGGACAACACCAUCUGCGGGAAGCAUCCCAUCGGUUUGCUGCUUACCGCCCUGUCCUACUGCUCUAAGCACUCGGGCCACAACUUUUCCAUCCGCUUUGUCAGAUAUGAGCAAAGCUCCAAAUGCCUCACCACGUCCGACUCGAGCGUCAGCUACGCCAGCGCCCUAGUCCAGACCACGGGCUCGCCCACGCGCAACAGUAGACGCGCAUGA